AUCAUUCUGGAGGCUGAGAAAAUUUGCCAUCAAAAGAAUUAAAGUCAAAUCUUCUUUGUAAAAUAGCCAAAAACUCAUUUCAUCGAUAUAGCAUUCCUGCACUGUACUACACACUUCGUUUUACUCCAUUUCCAACCAUGGCAGCAGAACUUGUUGGUGGUGCUCUUCUUUCGGCUUUUCUGCAGGCUGCUUUCGACAAGAUGGCUUCACCUCAAUUUGUAGACUUCUUUCGUAGAAGAAAAUUUGAUGAGAAGCUGCUCGCAAAUUUGAACAUCAUGCUUCACUCCAUCAAUUCUCUCGCUGAUGAUGCAGAGCAGAAGCAGUUCAGAGAUCCACACGUGAAAGCAUGGCUUUUUGCUGUCAAAGAGGCCGUGUUUGAUGCAGAGGAUCUUUUGGAUGAAAUCAACUAUGAACUCACCAGAUGCCAAAUGGAAGCUGAAUCUCAAUCUCAAUCCAUCACUUACAAGGUAUCAAACUUCUUCAAUUCCACUUUCAGUUCAUUUAACAAGAAAACUGACUCAGGGUUGAAAGAAGUCCUUGAAAAAUUAGAAUAUCUUUCAAGGCAAAAGGGUGCUCUUGGUUUGAAAGAGUGUACGUAUUCUAGUGUUGGAUCUCGUGGUAAUAUCUCACAGAAAUUGCCAUCAACUUCGUUGGUGGUUGAAAGUGUUAUUUAUGGAAGAGAUGCUGACAAAGAAAUUAUCUUUAAUUGGCUCACUUCCGAAACCAAAAAUCACCAUAACCACCCAUCGAUACUUUCAAUAGUAGGCAUGGGUGGAUUGGGUAAGACCACACUCGUCCAACAUGUAUACAACGACCCAAAGAUAGACACUGCUAAAUUUGAUAUAAAAGUUUGGGUUUGUGUUUCAGAUCAUUUUGAUGUUUUGACAGUCACAAAAACAAUUCUUGAGGCAAUCGAUAAUAAAAAAGAUGAUAGUGGAAACCUAGAAAUGGUUCACAAAAAACUAAAAGAAAAAUUGUCAGGAAGGAAAUUUCUUCUUAUUUUGGAUGAUGUUUGGAAUGAAAAACGAGAAGAAUGGGAAGCUGUGCGAACUCCUCUUAGCUAUGGGGCUCCAGGAAGUAGAGUUAUUGUCACAACACGUGCUGAGAGAGUUGCUUCUAACAUGAGGUCUGAAGUGCAUCGUCUAAAGCAAUUACAAGAGGAUGAAUGCUGGAAAGUUUUCAUAAAACAUGCACUAAAAGAUGAUGAUCUUAAAUUGAACGAUGACCAAAAGGAGAUUGGAAGAAGGAUAGUUGAGAAAUGCAAAGGAUUACCUCUGGCUUUGAAAACAAUUGGAAGUCUUUUGCACACAAAGUCAUCCAUUUCGGAUUGGAAAAGUGUAUUGGCAAGUGACAUAUGGGACUUACCAAAAGAAGACAGUGAAAUAAUCCCUGCACUAUAUUUGAGCUAUCACUACCUUCCUUCUCAUCUUAAAAGGUGUUUUUCUUAUUGUGCCAUAUUUCCCAAAGAUUACGAGUUUGUGAAGAAGGAGUUAAUUUUUUUAUGGAUGGCAGAAAACAUUUUACAGUGCCCUCAACAGAUUAGACAUCCAGUAGAAGUUGGUGAAGAGUAUUUCAAUGAUCUAUUGUCAAGGUCUUUCUUUCAACAAUCAAGGUCCAAAAGGCAUUUCAUCAUACACGAUCUUCUGAAUGAUUUGGCAAAAUAUGUUUGUGCAGAUUUCUGUUUUAGGUUGAAAUUUGAUAAAGGAAAAUGUAUACCUAAAGCAACUCGUCAUUUCUCAUUUGCAUUUGAUGACGUCAAAUAUUUUGAUGGUUUUGGUAGUUUAACUGAGGCUAAGAGACUGCGUUCGUUUAUUCCAUUAACAAAAUUUGGGAAAGGUUAUUACCUUGAUUAUAGUUGGAAAUUCAAGAUUUCGAUACAUGAUUUGUGCUCCAAGAUGAAGUUUUUACGUGUCCUAUCUUUCAAUUGUUGCUCGGAUCUUAGAGAGGUCCCAGAUUCAGUUGGCGAUCUUAAACAUCUUCGCUCGUUAGAUCUUUCGAGCACUGAGAUACAAAAACUGCCCGACUCAACAUGUUUGCUCUUUAACUUACAAAUACUUAAGUUGAACUAUUGUUUAAAUAUAGUGGAGUUACCCUCAAAUUUGUAUAAACUUACCAACUUGUGUUGUCUUGAAUUUAAAAGAACAAGAGUAACAAAGAUGCCAAUGCAUUUUGGAGAAUUGAAGAAUCUUCAAGUACUGAAUACCUUUAUUGUAGAUAAAAAUAGUGAGUUCAGUACUAAGCAGCUAGGAAGACUCGAUCUUCAUGGAAGGCUAUCAAUAAAGGAGUUGCAGAAUAUCAAGAAUUCAUCGGAUGCAUUAGUAAUGGAUUUGAAAAAUAAAAGGCACCUUGUGACACUGAAGUUCAAAUGGAAUAAGAACCACAUCCUUGAUGAUCCAAGGAAAGAAAAGAAAGUAUUUGAGAAUCUACAACCUUCCAAACAAUUGGAGACUUUAGGAAUCAACAACUAUGGUGGUACAGAAUUUCCAAACUGGGUGUUUGAUAAUUCAUUAUCUAAUUUGGUGUUCUUACAGUUGAAGGACUGUAAAUAUUGCUUAUGUUUGCCUCCCCUUGGACUUUUGUCAUCUCUCAAGACCCUAAAAAUUAUAGGCCUCGAUGGAAUAGUGAGCAUUGGUAAUGAGUUCUAUGGGAGCGAAUCCUCUUCAUUUAAGUCCUUGGAAAGAUUGGAAUUCUACAACAUGAAAGAAUGGGAAGAAUGGGAUUGUAAAACUGAUUCUUUUCCGCGACUUCAAACUCUAUCUAUGAAUGAAUGUCCCAAGAUGAAAGGCCUGUCAGAACAACUUCUUCAUUUGAAGAAACUAAUUAUUCGUUCCUGUGAAAUACUUGUCAUUAACGAACACUACAUGGAUCCAUCGACUCUUAAAAUCUUGAGAAUUUAUUCGUGUCCACUUACAAAUGUUCCCAUUACCCUUUACAACUUCCUUGAAGAAAUGGAGAUUAAUGGAGGUUGUGACUUUCUUACAACCUUUCCACUUGAUUUGUUUCCAAAGCUCUGUUCACUUAAAUUGGUUAGGUGCCGAAACCUACAAAGAAUUUCACAAGAGCAUACUCAUAAUCAUCUCAAGUAUCUCAUAAUUGAGAAGUGCCCUCAAUUUGAAUCGUUUCCCAGCAUAGGAUUAUCUGCACCGUGGCUACAAACAAUUGAAAUUCAAGGAGCGGAAAAUUUGAAGUUAUUGCCGAGACACAUGCAAAUCCUGCUUCCGUCUCUUACCGACCUGCAUAUAAUUGAUUGUCCACAGGUGGAAAUGUUCCCAGAUGGAGGUUUGCCAUCAAAUGUGAAAUAUGUGUCUCUUUCAAGUUUCAAACUCAUAGCUUCUCUGAGAGAGAGCUUGAAUGCCAACACAUGUCUUGAAAGGUUGUGUAUUACAAAUGGGGAUAUGGAAUUUUUUCCCGGUGAAGUUUUGCUACCUCACUCCCUCACCUCUCUACAAAUCUCUUGCUGCCCAAAUCUUAAAAAGAUAGACUAUAAGGGUCUUCCCAAAUCCAUCUCCACUCUUAAUAUUUGGGAUUGUCCAUUGCUUCAACAAUGUUGUCAAAAUUCAGAAGACAAAGACUGAGGAAAGAUUGCUCACAUUGAAAAUCUAACAAUUUGGUAAUAAGAUGAAGUAGAUGUGAACAAGUGCCAUUUGUGAA